AUGUCGGCAGGCUAUUUCCCGAAGCGCGAAAAAGUCGGCCUUGAAGACCUCUUCAAAGGCCUCGUAACAGCCUCCCACAUCCUCCACCACAAUGGCAUUCUCGACGCCUACGGUCACAUCUCCGUCCGCUCGCCAGACAAUGCCGCUACCUUUUACAUGACAUGCAACAUGGCGCCAGCGCUUGUUAGCUCGCCAGACCAUCUCGUCGAGUAUCACGUCGAAUCGGCCGAGGCGGUCGAGAAGAACAACACGAAGCCCGGGUACAUCGAGCGAUAUAUACACAGUGAGAUUUACAAGAGGUUCCCGGCCGUGAAUAGUGUUGUGCAUAGCCACGCGAGCGAUGUGUUACCGUAUUGUGUUAGUGGUGUGCCGUUGAAGAAUUGCAUUCACAUGGCUGGCUUCUUGGGGACUAACGUACCCGUCUGGAGUGCUUCAAGCUCCUGGUCCUCCGGCUCCAAGCACGAUUUCCUCGUCCACGACUCCACACUGGGUGCUUCCCUCGCAGCAUCGUAUAAACCAGCUACUUCGGCAGGCUUCAUCUAUUCAAAGGUUCGAUCCGCCCUUCCCUCGCAGCUCGGCGGCGCGUCCUCCGACCCGAAACUCGAGCCCGAUCACGCCGUCGUUCUUCUACAAGGACACGGGUUCACCACUGUAGCGCAUGGCAUCGAGGAAGCCGUAUACCAAGCGAUAUAUACCAAGGAAGCUGCAAAAGCACAGACGGCAGCUUUAACGAUCCAGAAUGCGCAUACUGGCUACGCGCUCGAGGGCAAGGUCGACGUCGAGGCAGGAGGGAAGAUCAAAUCCGGCAAAGCAAAGACUGAUGGCGGUGAGUUGAAAUAUCUGAGCGACAGAGAGUCGCAUGAUGCCUGGGAGUCGAUGUCGGGAACGCUUGCGCGGCCAUGGGCACUCUGGUGUCGAGAGGUGGAGGUCAACCCACUGUACAAGAACGAAUGCCCGGGAGGCGAGGAUUGA